CACAGCUGUCACUCAAAUUCUUUUCAAUUUCGCGAAAAAGCUUACCCUCGCUCUCACUUGCUUCCCUUCGAAUCUUCUUCGGUGACAAUCCGGAGAAUCGCAGGCGGCGAGAGUUACGAGCGAAGCGAGACGAAGAAUGGACGAAGGAUUAACGUUCCCGAUGCGGCGAGAAUCGGAUUCCGCUUCCCGACUGAGACAGAUUAUCUCCGAUAUGCUUCCUCUCUUCUCUGAACAGCACUCCGACGACGACGACAUCCUUGCUGAGUAUGCUACGGUGAUUGUUUGUAACGGGAAGAGUCAGAGGCAGGCACGAGACUAUUUGGAGGUGUUUCUUGGGGAGCAAUCUGGAGAAUUUGUUUCAUGCUUAUGGGAGCUUCUUUUGAAGGACACUACUCAAGGUAAACGAGAAACUUCUGGUUCUGAACCUAGGACUGGUGUUGAAUUUGGUUCUCAUGGUGCUCUAAUCGAACAAGGUUCAAUCUCCCCAAGUCUUGAUGACUAUGUUCACAAAGCUGCUACUCCUCCUACUUAUCGGAUGAACGAAAAGCUGAUAUCAUCUACUGCUCGAGAAGACGUUGAGGCUGCUCAUGUGUCACCAAAAGCUAAAAGCAUGAAGAUGUUACGUCAAGAGCUCAUUAAUAGCCCUUGCAAAAGGACACAACCUAAACAGAGAGAGGGUUGGAACUCGUCUAAUGCUAAUUACUCUAGAAAAAUACUGCGCUCCGUUAUCAUUUCAGCCACUAAGCAACCAUGUCGUAUGAAUCCUGAUAGAUAUGAAAAGUCUGUGGAUGAAAGGAGCGGAAUGCAGAACCGCCUAUACUUUCCAGAAAGAGAAAUGAGGCAAUCAUAUUUUCCAUCUCUCCCUUCAGACAACAACUCAGGAGGAGCUGUGUCUGCAAGAUCUCAUAAUGCAGCUUCGAGCCAGGAAAUGAACCUUCAUGUUAGUGUUUGGGAUCGGUUGGGGCGACCAGGCGACAAAGAAUAUCCUAUAUCGCCUAAGUUUAGGAUUCAGACAGAUGAAAGCAGAGCGCUUCAGCAGCCACCUGGACGCGCAUUUCCUGCAUCAUAUAUUGAACAACAUAGCGAGACGUUUCAGAGAGAAGUUCCUGCAGUCACUUACAGGCGCAGAGUCUUCCCACCCCUUGAAGCUAGGAAACCCAAGAGUGGAACGACUACAUACACUGAACCUCAUAUCGCCCAUAACCUCAGCAGAAAGAGGCGAUAUGGCAUCAUCAACCCCAAUUCCGUAGAUGCUACAGUUGGUGAUCUUAGCAGUGUUCUUCAGUAUAAGCAAGCUAAACAGGAUGUUGAAAAGCAAAGCCUGCUCUCCUAUCAGUCCAAAAGGCCAGAUAUUUUUUCAGAAAUAGUGAACAUGAAACAAAAGCUGCAACAACUAGAGAUCCAGAUUAAUAAAGCGAAGCAUUUGAAGAAACAGAAAGUUGAAGAACUCAGAGGCUCACCACAAUCUGGCGAGUUGCAGAAACAACAGGAUGUCACAGAAUCAAGCAUCAUACAUGUUACCAACGUACACUAUGCGGCAAGAAAAGAAGCUAUAUCAAUGUUGUUCAGCAAGUGCGGAGCUGUCAAGAACGUUACGAUCGUAACUGAUCCAGUAACUCAACAUCCAAUGGGGGCUGCUUUCGUGACUUUUGCUGCAAAGGAGUCAGUUAACAAUGCAAAAGCUCUUAGCGGCACAAUCUUCUAUUCAAGACCAAUCAAGGUUUCAGAGUCACACAUGAUAACUUCUGGAGUAAUGUCGCAGACACGAGCACCGCAGGUAAUCACUGGAAGUUAAACCACCAGAAACAUUAUGGUAGGGCAAUACGCAAAGGUAGUCCGAAAACAUCAGCUUAACGACGUCGUUGUACAGCUUUUAUGGGACUUUUGAUUCUAAGUAAGAACGAAGAAACUAAUAAGAAUAAAUUUGUUUGGACACAGUCUAAACUUUAAUCUCUGCUUUU